AUCUCUGUCUCUCUAUCUCUCUCUCAAAUCGCAUCCCGUAUUCUAUAUUUCCUACCCUGUAUCUUAUUAUCGCUCGAGACAAGAACUGUAUUCAUUACCACUCCUACAUACCAUUCUUAUUUGAACUAUUAUCAUUUCCAUUCUCCGGCAUGUCUACCCAGGACUUCUCCAAGAUUAAGGUCGUCCCCAACAGCAACUAUCAACACUCUGGCCUCAAGUCCUACGUUUAUCUCCUUCAGAAAUGGGGCUUCCGGCCCACCCUCCCUGGUCCAUAUGUACACGUCGACAAGGUUCUCCGGCAAGGAUUCGGUUUUGGCUUCUUGAAGAAGAUUAUUGGGAAGACACGCACUGAUAGUGCCUUGGCCAAGAAGGAGGGACCAGAGGAAGCUGCGGCGAAGGCAGAGGCCCGCGAAGUCCCUACGCAGGAUAUACAGUAUGAUUCAAUAUACCUCUCCGAGGUUUAUAUUGGCACACCUCCCCAGAGAUUGUUGCUCGACUUUGACACCGGUUCUGCUGAUACUUGGGUCUGGUCCACCGAACUUCCCUCCAAUAUCCAGAAAACCGCCGGCCACUCCGUCUUCGACCCCAAAAAGUCUUCUACAUUCAAGCCCAUGAAGAAUUCGACUUGGCGAAUCUCAUAUGGCGAUAACUCCUCUGCGUCUGGAAUUGUCGGCAUCGAUAAUGUGACGAUGGGCGGUCUGACUGUUAAAAACCAAGCCGUCCAGCUUGCGAAUAGAAUGUCGAGCGAGUUUGUCACGAUAACCGGCGACGGCCUUCUCGGUCUCGCAUGGGGCCACAUCAACACCGUCACCCCGAAGCAAGUGGCUACACCUGUCGCGAACAUGAUUGCGCAGGCCAACAUCCCAAAAUCUGCCGAGCUCUUCACGGUAUAUCUCGGCAGCUGGCGCGAUGUAGAUGACGAAGAUAAAGGCGAAAGCUUCUACACCUUCGGGUACAUUGACGAAAAUACCGUCAAGAAGUCUGGUGAGGAGAUCUACUGGACUCCUGUUGACAACUCGCAGGGCUUCUGGAUGUUCGACUCCCCCUCUGCGACUGUCAACGGCAGGACUGUUCAGCGGAGGGGCAACACGGCCAUUGCCGACACUGGGACUACGCUCGCUCUGGUCUCUGAUGAAACGUGCAGGGCCAUCUACGACGCUAUCCCAGGCGCGACCUAUGACUACUUUAACCAGGGCUACGUGUAUCCGGCUGAUACAACGGAGGAUCAACUGCCUACCGUCACCCUCGCCGUUGGUGGCAAGCAGUUUGCUAUCCAGAAAGAGGAUCUCGGCUUUGCUGAUGCCGGGAAUGGGAUGGUAUAUGGCGGAAUCCAGUCUCGUGGGACGAUGCCGUUCGAUAUCCUUGGGGAUACGUUCCUGAAGGGGAUCUAUGCUAUCUUUGACCAGGGGAACAAGCGCUUUGGGGCUGUGAAGAGGAUUGAUACUACUACGAACUUGGCUGUCCCGAGAUUCUAAAUGAGUUGAGUUUGUUAUGACGGUUUGACAACUUUUGGCGGGAAAUUGCAAUGGCUACCAGUUCGAUGCUCUUCUGGCCAGACUUUGUACCAAUGAGAAUGUAGCAUUAUUGGAUUUAUAUGCUGCUCCUGUUGGUGAAUGUGAG